AUGUCGACGGACGAGUAUAUCGUCAUCGUUGCCGACGAAUCUGGUGAGUUCCCGCCCGCAGCUCGGGGGCUCCAUCUCACUGCCACGCUACUUGGGCUUGUUCGAACAAGACCACAAGAGAGACUAUUUUGAAUGGCCGUCUGGCCAAGGUCCGGAUGCAUCGCGGACUGGCUUCCUCUGUCUCCCUCAACAUCAACGGCCCACGCCUAGAGCUUGCUCGUCUGACUGACACAAUCUCGUGACACCCCGCGCCUCUCUCCCCACUCGUUCCAUCACCUUCUUCGGCGCACAGCCGCCAAGAAAUGGGUCGCAGGUGGUACGUUCUAGCCCUGCAUUGCUUCGAAAUGGUUUUUCUCAAUGCUGAGUUUGGAUGGAUUUUUGUCUUUUCAAUUUUCACAGACAAGUGAGCUGCUUUUCCAUCGGGCUUUGUUCGAGUGGGGGCAGUUACCCACUUCCUGACCCAUUUCGCUGAUGCUUUAAUCGCGCUCGGUACACCUGCGCAACAACAGGACGAUUCCGCUCGUUGACAUCGUCGACUCGUUUGACGUUUUCCACACUGGGCAAGGCUCGCAAGGUCUGCUGCAGCGCCCCUCUAAGCAGGAGCUCGACUCAGUUUUUGGUACCCACAACGACACCGAGAUUGUCGAGAUCGUGCUCGAGAAGGGCAAGUAUGUGACCGGGCCGGCCAAGACCUCGGCAAAGGAAGGCAGCGCUUCGUGAGUGUCAUCUUAUUCGAGGGGUUUCGGUUGCUCAUGCCGCAGCCGGAUACUAACUCGUAUUUCUUCCCCGUUUCGUUCCCUUCUCAGCGGGAUCGCCAAUCAGACCUCGAGGGGCGCCGUCUCCGGCGGACGAUAA